UCGGAUCAACCCGCAAAUUUCACUCUGUCCGUGAGAUGAGAUGGCUAUGGCAUCCACAUCGUCCAUCUGUAUAGCAACAGCAACCUUCAUUGACGCACUAUACUCUUCGUAUAAUUCCUUUCUUUCUGCACAAUAAAUGACACAAAUCACACCGGAUUGUCAGCUAUCUUUCCUUCAUAACAUCAAUUAAUUGAUUUACCCCUUCUCAUUUUACAUAAUCUACCCCUAUUUCUCUGUUAAAUCCUCAUUUCUCAACUACUCUCGUGGUCCGAUCUCACCGAAAUUUAGUGGUUCCUUAUAAUUACAAAAUUCUUACACGGAACUAUUUCGUGAGCUUUAACACAACCACUUGAAUCAAGGUAACUAAAGCCCCCACCUUCUUCAGAUUCUGGUUUCGCUGCCUGUUCCUUCCUUUCUUUCAUGGAUGCACUAGUUAGUAAAAAUCAAUAAACCACGUGACCUAGUAGUGGAUCACUAUAGCUGAGAGACCUUUAAGUGGAUCGAUUUUGCGGCUAGCCAAAGCACAAAAGAGUAAAUGAAAAGGUGAUCAUAGAUCCAUUCGAAGUCUUCAAGGUGGCUAGAUUUUGUGAUUAAACAAUGGCUGUGGUGCAUUUGGUUUUAUUGGAAUAGUGGAACUUUGGAUGAUUGAGUUGGCUUUGCUAGUACCAUAGCAUACUUGUUCCAGAACUUCCAGUACACCGUUAGGCAUGUCGGCUGUUGAUAUAUCCAAAUAUGAACAUAGUCCUGUCCAUAAGGCCAUCAUUUUGAAGGAUUAUGCUGGUCUCAGGAGAAUUAUUGCGGGCCUUCCCAAACUUGCUGACCCGUCUGAGAUACAUACAGAAUCGGUUUCAAUUGCAGAAGAAGCUAAGGCUGAGGCAAUAGCUGCUGUGAUUGAUCGACGUGAUGUCCCUAGCCGAGAAACUCCACUUCAUUUGGCUGUUAAAUAUCGUGAUGAGAUUGCGACGGAGAUGCUUAUGCUUGCUGGUGCAGAUUGGAGCUUGCAGAAUGAUCAGGGUUGGAGUGCAUUACAGGAAGCAGUCUGUAAUAGAGAAGAAGGGAUUGCGAGAAUCAUAGUCAGGCAUUACCAGCCACUGGCCUGGGCGAAAUGGUGCAGAAGGCUGCCUCGGUUGAUUGGGACAAUGCGAAGGAUGAGAGAUUUUUAUAUGGAAAUCACAUUUCACUUUGAGAGCUCAGUUAUCCCUUUCAUAUCAAGAAUUGCCCCUUCUGAUACUUACAAAAUUUGGAAGAGGGGUGCAAAUUUAAGGGCUGAUAUGACUUUGGCUGGUUUUGAUGGUUUCAGAAUACAACGAUCUGAUCAGAGUAUUCUUUUCCUUGGUGAUGGCUCUGAGGAUGGUCAAGUUCCUCCAGGUUCACUAUGCAUGAUUUCACACAAAGACAAAGAGGUAAUGAAUGCUUUGGAUGGUGCUGGUGCUCCAGCAGCUGAUGCAGAAGUGCAGCAAGAAGUUACUGCAAUGUCUCAGACCAAUAUAUUCAGGCCUGGAAUUGAUGUGACUCAAGCAGUUCUUUUACCUCAAACAACAUGGAGGAGAGUAGAGAAAACAGAAAUGGUGGGACCUUGGAAAGCUAAAGUUUAUGAUAUGCACAAUGUGGUUGUUAGUAUCAAAUCAAGGAAGGUGCCAGGGGCCAUGACAGAUGACGAGUUAUUUAGUUCUUCUUGCAAUGAGAAUGAAACAGAGAAUGAGCUUGAUGAUGUCUUGACAGAGGAAGAAAGAAGGCAACUUGAGGUUGCUCUUAAGAUGGACUCAUCAGAUUUGGGCAACGAAAAUGGUGAUGACAUCAUACCACACCGUCAUAGUUGUUAUGACCACAGGGAUAUAUCCAUCGAGGACAUAGACAGUUGUAGGAAUGGAGAAGUUAAGCAAGAAAAGAAAGGAUGGUUCAAUGGAUGGAGGAGAAGGGAAAAUAAGCCGGUCGAUGAGAAAAAAGUUGCUCCCCCUAGAAGCUCUUUGUCUGUUGAAGAUAAAGUUAGUGAUUUUCUAGAGGACUCUCCUAGAAGUCAAAAUAGGACAGGUAGGCACUCUGUCAAAGUGGUCGUGAAACGGGAUGAUCAUCGGAGAGGAAAAGACUCUAAAGCUUCUUCAUCAACAAGUACUGACAGUGGAACUCGAAGAAAGGAUGCAAGUCGGGAAAAUGAGUAUAAAAAAGGUUUAAGGCCCGUUCUUUGGCUCUCUCCAGAUUUUCCAUUACGAACUGAAGAACUCUUACCACUGCUCGACAUUUUAGCUAACAAGGUCAAAGCUAUAAGACGAUUAAGGGAGUUAUUCACUACAAAACUACCAAAGGGGACCUUUCCUGUGAAGGUUGCUAUUCCAGUAGUUCCUACUGUAAGAGUGAUAGUUACAUUUACAAAGUUUGAAGAGUUGCAGCCACUAGAUGAGUUUUCAACUCCCCCUUCAAGUCCAACUGGUGUUGGCAAGGAGAGCCCUAUGGUGCAAUCUUCAAGUUCGUCUUGGUUCCAGUGGAUAAAAUCUCCAUAUCAACGGCCCAGUUCUUCUGCUGGUGGGUCUAGCUGCAGGAUUGAUAAUCUUCAAGAUCCUUUUGCAAUUCCUUCCGAGUAUUCAUGGAUCACCGCUGAAGCAAAGAAGAAAAAGAUGCAGGAAAGGAGCAAAUCUAAGAAAUCGAAAAUUCCAAAGUAGCCCUUCCUGACAAUAUCCCGGGAUAGAUCAUCUUGCUGAAAGUCCAGUUCAGUUACUUAGACGGACAACAGAUUGCAUUGCAUUGCAUUGCAUCGGGGUACGAAUAUCAUCGUUGGCUGUUUUAAUAGUUUGACUCUGUUAUAUCAUUGUGGGGGGUUUAUAGAAGUAUGAAUCUGUGAUUCUUGUAACCAUAAAGACCGAUGUUUCAUGUUUGGGCGGACAGUCUACCAUUCUCAUUUGGCACGACUUUUCGAUCCAUGAACUUUUCAGUUGAGCAUCUUUACUAACAGAUUGAAGGAUAUUGUAUAUUCGUUGAGUCUAUCACUAUCAUUUCUUCCAUGCA